ACUGGGAAAAACUAUUGACUCGAGUAUAAGCCGAGGGUGGGAAAUGAGGCACCUACUAGUCAAUGUAAAAAAUAAAGAUAGAGACCAAUGGUGUCAUUUGGGGGAGGGCCCCAUCGUUGGUGUCAGUGGAAUAGUGCCCUAUCGUUGGUGUCAGUGGUGGGGGGAAUAGUGCCCCAUCGUUGGUGUCAUGGGGGGAGGAAUAGUGCCCCAUCGUUGGUGUCAGUGGGGGGAGGAAUAGUGCCCCAUCGUUGGUGUCAGUGGGGGGAGGAAUAGUGCCCCAUCGU